AUGACCAAGUACCGUCUUCACUACUUCAACGCUCGCGGAUAUGCAGAGGCCACCCGAAUUGUGAGUGUUCAAUAAGUUCAUGACUUUUGUACAGAUAUUCUUCAGAUGUUCCACAUGGCUGGAGUUGAAUUCGAGGAUGUAAGAAUCGAAUUGGAAGACUGGAUCAAGCCGGACAGCACUCUGAAGGAGCAGCAGCCGUUCGGACAGAUGCCAGUGCUCGAAGUCGACGGCGAGAAGAUUCCGCAGUCGUUCGCUAUCGCCAGAUUCAUCGGAAAAGAGCUCGGAUUCGCUGGAAAGACACACAUCGAGCAGGCGUGGGUGGACGCAUUCGGAGAUCUCUACAAGGACUUCCUAAACGAGAUGAAGCCGUGGGCGAUGAUCGCGUUCGGAUACCCAGGACAAUCCGGAAACCGUGAGGACCUGAAGAAGAGCGCUUUGGACCCAGCCAGGGAGAAAUACUUUAAGAUUCUGAGCAAACGAUUGGAAAAGAGCAAGUCGGGUAUGUUUAAGAGUGAUUGGAGUUGGGGAACAUUCUGGAAUUGCAGGUUUCAUUGCGGAUAGCGGAGUCACUUGGGCCGACCUUUUCUUCUUUGAAACCACGACUACGCUGAUUGGAUUCGAGCCGGAAUAUCUGGGAACGGACUUCCCGGAGGUCACCGCCUACUACAAUCGCAUCCAGAAUCACGAGAAGAUCAAGCCGUACCUUGAGACGAGACCAGUUCAACCAAAAUAA